AUCCCAACGCCAUAUAGUGAGAGAGAAGCAUCAUCCGAAGUACAAUGUUAUUGCGCUCCUCGCCUUCAUCGUCGUCGUCGUCUUGUGCUGCGGAUUUUGUGUGAUAUUCAAAAUGUCUACCCGUGCGGAGGACUGACCCAGAGAACGGAAAAUAUUCAGCCAUUCCGCAGCCGGUCGAUUGCGUUGACCAGACAGAUUUCGUUGUGUCCGGUGUUAGUUGUACGAUUCGGGACCCGGAAUUAGCGGAUAUUGUUCCGUCGCGUUCUCUUGUGUCGCCGCAUUCGCCUUCUUCGUUUUUAGUGUGUUCGGUGGAUUUUUAGGUUUUUCGAUGUGUUUCGUGUGAAAUGUGUCCAGGAAUUGGUUCCUGAACCGACUAGAAGAAAAUCAAUUGGUACCUGUGCAAAUUUGAGCCAUAAAACGUCCGUUGUGUAUCAUCGAAGACACCCGUUUGCGAGAACAAAAUUGCUGACAAAGUGCCGAGGGACAAUCAAGAAUAAAAAAGAAUCCGAGCAAAAAUGGGAACCCCUUUAGGCAGAGCCUAUUUUUCACCGGAGAUUGCGUAAAAAUAGCUUCCUCCGCUUCGUGUGGUAACGAUUUCCGGUCUGCCGAAGAGGUUUUUCAUUUAGGAAAAUCGAAAUUUGGCAAAUCGAUCGUGUUUGCGAAAGUGUCCGGAAUCCGAUUGGAACAGUGUGUACAGGAUCCUGAUUAGCAUGGAAUGCACCAUCGGUUCCAGUCUGAAGUAAUCGAUCAGAAUGGCUUAGUGCAGUGAAAAGUCGAAUUAGAAUUCACACAGAAUCUCAUCCAGUCAGUGCAGUCUCUAGUAGUGGAAAGAAUGUAAAUAUCACGGAGAAGAAAAAACAAGAAAAUCAAUAUUUACUACGCUAGAGCAAAAAAAAAAGAGGGAUCGUGCGUGUUUGGGUGAGUUCGUAGUCGAGAAGCCACAGAAAGCAGAGAGAUCAAAAAAGGAAAGUGUGUGAGAUAACAAAACAGAAUAGAUUGUGUUGUGAAGAAAGCCCUCGGAAAAAGAUAAGGAAGUUUGGAAGACAAAGGCUGGAGAGAGAGAAAGAGAAAGCAGAUAGCAAAGAAUGCGACAAAAAUUCUGUGAUUAAUGAUAGUGAAAGCCCAAACGGAGCGAUCUGAUAGCGAUAGUUCGGUGCAGGUACACCAACAGAAAGGGCAAUUUCGAAAUAAAAAUAGUGCAUGUGAUCCGAAGGUAAUCGAAGCCUUGGUGAACUCUCGAAUUUUGUGUGUCAUUGAUUUGCUAGAGCUGGCGGAGAAAAUAUUUAGCAGCUGAAUUACUAUCCUUCCCGAAUUCUGAAAACCGUUCACGAAAAGGUUUUAGUGGUGACUAAGGUCAGUUGCAGCUACGAUAAACGGUUAAUUUUUGUGAAACAGUAUAUCGAAAAGAUUAUACCAGAUUAUUGUAGCAGUUAAACGUAUUCCAAUUCAACGCAACAGGAAAAAUAGUCUACGCCAAUUGAUAUUGAAUCAUAUUUAAAUCGCUUUCCAAUUCCUAAUACCAAUAUUGUAGCCAUAAUAUAAAUAAUCAACAAAAGUGCUAAUUAUACUACCAAGAGAACAGUUUUUAUCUCACGCAUUAUAUUCACCACAUCAAAGUAGAUCCGUUAGGGAUUUUUUUUCGCGUUUCUUCGAUUGCAAUCGAGUAUAGAGUGUGACUUUUUCGAUCAUCACAAUAAUAUUUAAACAAAAAAGUAUAGUAUAUAUUAUACAGCCAGUAACCGCUUAAUCAUAGUGAUCAACAAAAUAGUAGUGCUUUAAAGUAAUCAAACCAUGUGACGAUCGUUUUCACUGGUUCCGAGUAAUAGCCCGAUAGAAGUAAUUUGCGCCCUUAGCCGCGGAGUGACUGGCCGAGGAAAGGUUUAGCAUUGAUGUGUUAAUUGUCGGGAAGCUAUAACUGAUCGCAACGGGUUGAGCAGCCGAUAUUCAGCCCUCAAUUAGUGCGCCAAGUGAUAAUUAGCGGGGGUGCAAAAGUUGCAUCCGAACGACAGUUUAAUCAUGUUGCCAGCGGCCGGCUCCGACCGAGCCCAUCACCAGCUGCUGACCGGGCAGAUUGUCGCGUUCGUUGUUGUAACCGUGUUCGUUGUUGGAAACUUAUGUGCCUGGCAGGAGAAUGUCCGACCGAAGCUCUACGUGUCACUAGUCGAUGAGGAGUACUUGAAGUUCCAGGGAAAUGAGUCGACGAUUGACUUUUUCAAGCUAGUGCUACGGGAUGCUACCAGCAACAGUUUGCUGGUGGGAGCAAGAAAUAUCGUAUACAACCUAAGUAUAUACGAUCUGAGCGAACAGACGCGAUUGGUUUGGUAUUCAUCGGAGGAUGACAUCAAGAUGUGUGUAAUGAAGGGCAAAGACGAGGAUCUCUGCCAGAAUUACAUCCGCGUACUGGCGCUUCCCACCCCUGGAACGCUGCUCGGUUGCGGCACUAACGCCUUUCGGCCCAUGUGCCGGGUGUAUGGGAUCAAUGGCAACAGUUACUCGGUUGAGUCGGAAAAACCCGGCCAAGCCGUGUGUCCCUACGAUCCAGCACACAAUUCGACGGCGGUGUUUGUAGAUAACGAACUCUACUCCGGCACGGUGGCUGACUUCAGCGGUCUUGACCCAAUUAUCUACCGGGAGCCGCUGCAAACCGAGCAGUACGACAGUUUGAGCCUGAACGCUCCCAAUUUCGUCGGAUCGUUUACUCAGGGCGAUUUUGUCUAUUUCUUCUUCCGUGAGACGGCCGUCGAGUUCAUCAACUGUGGAAAGGCCGUCUUUAGUCGUGUUGCCCGCGUUUGCAAAUGGGACAAAGGAGGUCCGCAUCGAUUUAAGAACCGGUGGACGACAUACCUGAAGUCUCGUCUGAACUGCUCAAUGCCGGGCGACUUUCCGUUCUACUUCGAUGAAAUUCAAUCGACCAGCAACAUGAUCGAAGGUCGGUACGGUCACGGCAAUUCCAAGCUAAUCUACGCCGUAUUCACAACGUCGACCAAUGCGAUUGCGGGUUCGGCGAUAUGCGCAUUCUCGCUACAGGAUAUCGCCGACACGUUCGAGGGAAAUUUCAAGGAGCAAAGUGGAAUCAACUCUAAUUGGCUACAUGUUAACCCAUCGAAGGUUCCGGAUCCGCGACCCGGCUCGUGCCACAACGACUCGCGAACGUUGCCAGAUUUAACGCUCAACUUCAAAAAGACGCACUCACUGAUGGAUGAAAAUGUGCCAACAUUUUUCGGUUCACCAAUUCUGACUCGCGUUAGCACAGUCUAUCGGUUCGCUGCAAUCGCCGUCGAUGCACAGAUCAAAACUCCAGGUGGGAAAACCUACGAUGUAAUUUUCGUUGGUACAGAUCACGGAAAAAUCAUCAAAACGGUGAAUGCAGAAUCGGCGGAUUCCAACAAAAAGGUAUCUUCGGUUGUCAUUGAAGAAAUAGAUGCUCUUCCAACUAGCGAACCGGUGCGAAGCUUAGAAAUUGUGCGAACGAUGCAGUACGACACGCCAAAGGACGGGAAUUAUGAUGAUGGGAAAUUAAUUAUAGUCACCGAUACCACCGUGAUAGCGAUUAAAUUACACCGUUGCAGUAGUGAAAAGAUAACAAGUUGCAGUGAGUGCGUGGCACUGCAGGAUCCGUACUGUGCCUGGGAUAAAAUUGCUGGCAAGUGUCGAUCACAUGGCGCCCCUCGAUGGUCGGAGGAGAAUUACUUCUACCAGAGUGUUGCCACCGGGGAUCAUGCAGCCUGUCCUUCUGGCAAGAUGCCUAAGGAUGCCAACGUUGAGAAGCAGGGAUACCGAGGUGACAUCGAUUACGAUCCUCAACGUCCCAGCAAAGAUCAGCCCGGAAACGACAUGAUCAGUAUAAUGCAGGAUAAGAAUUCAUACGAUGACAAGGGUCCACAGAUAACUCCCGAUCUGAUCAACGCUCAAUAUACCGUCGAAACACUGGUGAUGGCCGUCCUUGCGGGAGCAAUUUUCGCUCUAUUAGUGGGAUUCAUUACCGGUUACUUCUGUGGUCGAAGGUGUCACAAAGACGAAGACGACAAUCUACCCUAUCCGGAUACGGAAUACGAAUACUUUGAACAGCGCCAAAAUGUGAAUCGGAUACAAACCGAACCGAAGUUGCUUCCACAGGUCGAAGAAGUGACUUAUGCCGAGCCCGUACUAUUACCUCAGCCAUCUAGUCAGAAUAAGAUGCAGCAUUCGCCAAAAAAUACGCUAAGAAAACCGAUCGGUCACCAUCACGGUGUGAACUCGGAAACCCUGUUCCAGUUCCAGCCCGAUGGCUACAAUGCUCGUGAUAAUUACCGAGGUCGUGACAACUUCGGUACACUUCGAUCCCAUCAAGGUGAUAAUUAUCGUCGCGGUGACGGAUUCUCAACAACAAGAAGUGUGAAAAAAGCCGUCCUUAAUACCAAUACUCGUAACAGAAGUCUCGGCCGAAUGAAAAGGCAGCCGCCCCGGCAUGGCAUAGUAACACAACAUCGUUCCGAUAGUCCCCAGAAUUCCAGUUCCGGAUCUUCCCCGGUCAUGUCUAACAGUAGUUCUAGUCCGGCGCCUCCCUCGAGCAGUCCUAGUCCACAAGAGAGCCCAAAAAACUGUAGUUAUAUUUAUAGAGAUUGAUUAUUAAACAAACCCCAGCCACUUCCGCAUAGCAUCAGCACCCGUAGUAACAGCAGAGGCGUCGCCCCCAUCGGAAGCGCAUCUCGGCCGUACGGCGAAGGUGCACUCCAUCACGAAGCCCCAUCAACAGCAGCAGGAGUUAUUCUACGCAAUGCUGCAAUCAGCCAAAAUAGCAACAGCAGCGACGCGAACAGGAAACUAAACCGUCUUUCGACUUCAUCCUCGCUCUCUAUCAUAACGCCGCCCUCGACCCCGAAACGACCCUCGGCGGGUCGCCUCAAGAUGGCACUCAGUCUAUCGUUGGCGCACAAUUUUAACCAGAAGCUAGCCAACUUGAACGAUAAGUGGAACGACUUCAGCUUCAUGUUGAAGCAUAAUCCAGUAAAGGGAACAGCGAAAAACGAUUCCUACCACUCGAUCGAGUCGGCAGUGACCUGCACGGCGGCUGAUCUCGAAGCAGGCAAUCUAAGUGGCGGAAUCGACGAGAAUGAUUACAAUCGAAGGAUACAACGCAUGGGCACUAGCGGUGGCAUUAGCGGUGGCACCAGUGGGGUUGUAGGAAACAGCGGCAUCGGUAAGUCCAAGCAUUAUCAGCUACAACAUCAACAACAACAACGACAGAAGUCAUAUGAACGUCACAGGCAAAGACUGUCACCUCGACGCAACAGCACCAGCGGUGACCCUAAAGAAUUCGAUGUACUGGUAAUGGCACCCAUGGACAAUUGGGAUGAUAAUGAAAGUUUUUAAUCGAAAAAAAGGCUUCCAAUGAUUGGUUUUCUUAAUACUGUAAAUUCGCUUGCUGCUUCAGCUGCAAUUUGUCGAACAGGCACAAACGCUGAAUAACUUAUGACAACCUCAGAGGAAACGAUACACACAAAAAAUCAAGUGACUAAAGCGCGUCAGAAGUAGUUUUUUUCUCAAUUUACUUUCCAGGCUUGCUGUUGGAGAGAAAAAGCAUCCGCCUAAGUUAGAACAUUUACGCAAACGCAUCCAUCACAAACUGAUAUUAAACUAAGGAAGUAGGAACUAAAAUCAAGUAACUAACGUAUGUACAUACCGUAAGAACCAUAGCAACCUAAUGAAAUAUAAACCACUAGGGAUUUUUGCAUUAUAGCAUGCAGUGAGGUGAAAUAGGUGAAGCAUUUUUUGCUGUAGUAUUACGAAACAUUAAUUCUCAAAUCAGUAGGCCAUGAGAGCAUAACGCAAACUAUAGAAUUGUACAUAUACGGAAAACAUGAAUCGUUUCUUUUUUACUAUAAUUCUAAGUUCAUCAUAGAGGAACCUUUCUUCAUCAAACAUAGUAAGCUUAGUGAUGAUCGAGAUACUAAACACUCGCUCUGAUUUCGUCCCAACGCGUUGAUUUCGAAACCACCUCCUUUAAUGCCAAAUCAACAAAUCUCAUCGUGAUAUAGAAAACACAAAUAUUGAAUAACGCGUGUGAUGGUGCACGAGAGAAAAAGAGAGACACAGCCGUGUGUGGGAACGAAACGCUGUGCUUCGAUUGAGCCCGAUAGAAAAUGAUGCAAUAAACGACAUUGUCCUGGAGGAAUGCGCGGAUUUGUGAAUUCCGAUAAAACAAGAUUGAUCUGAAUUUUAGUUACAUUUUUUUUUUGUUAUGAAAAGUCAAAAUUGUUUUUUUUUUUUGCACCUUUUGGUUUGUUGAACUAUGUUUUUAGGGGAAAUCUUUUAUUUUAUUGAUCGCCUGAAAAAGAAGAAAAUGUAAUAAAUUUUGCGCCCAUUGUUAAGCUGGUAUAUAUUGUAAUGCGGAGUAGGAAACACUAAAUAGUUUUAGCUCGUGUUAAGCAAGUGAUCUGAAGCAAAUGAUGCAUUUUUAGACUCGUGGUUUUGAGCAGCUUUUAUUUUUGGUUUAGUAUACUAGCGGUAACUUCUGUUUAUCAUUUAAUAUACAUAUAUUUAUUCUGUAAA